AUGAACUGGUUCACCUGUGACAGGUGUGGUGUAUCAGGGGCCCUUGCUGCCCUGCUCUUCUACCUGGCGGCAUGGUGUGCAGUUGCAGAAAAGAUUUUUCAUCAGCGAAAUCACUCCGACAUCCAGGAUCUGCCAGCACGACAAGCGAAGGUAAUCCUGGAGCCCCAAUCUGCAGAGGACUUCCUAAAAAAAUAUGGCUACAUAAAUCCUGUUAAUUGGGAAGAGAUGGCUUCUGCUACAUCCACUGUUGCUGAAUACUCAGACCCAGCCCCUAAAGAUGUGUCUGCACUGAUUUCUGAAGGGCAGUUCCAGUCUAGGUUUGGGAAGGAUAUGGAUGAGGACCCUUCACUCAGCCCAGAGUAUAUUUACUCCUUAAAGAGUUUUCAACAAGCCAAUGGCAUUCCUAUUACCGGAAUUCUAGAUGAAGCCACCAAGGAGGCCAUGAACAAACCCCGCUGUGGUGUCCCCGAUCUGAAAGUUGACUCCAACAGCAUAGUGAAUGGCAAUGAAGACCCUAAAACUGAGACCACUGCCAUCCCAGAAACUGACUCAGGUGGACUUAAACGUUCCAAAAGAUUUCUUGACAGGAUGGUGGAGCACACCAGGACAAAAAGGGGCAAUCUGGACGUGUUGGGCUCCAGCAGUAAUGGCAACCUAGUCUUCAGCAAGGCAAAGCUGAAAUGGCGUCUCUUGAGUGAGGGAUACAGCUUACAGUUGAGCAUCAGUCAACAAAGGAGCGUACUUAGCACUGCCUUUCGCAUUUGGAGUGAAGUUAUACCACUGCAGUUUGAGGAAGACAAUACAUCCCCCUAUUCUGACAUUGACAUCAAGCUUGGAUUUGGCACUGGAAGACACCUGGGUUGUUCCCAGCUCUUUGAUGGAUCUGGACUGGAAUUUGCUCAUGCUUGGUACCAAGGCGACAUCCAUUUUGAUGAUGAUGAUCAUUUUGUUGGGACCAACAGUGACCAGGGCAUUAGCCUGUUAAAGGUGGCAGUGCAUGAAAUUGGCACACCAGUGCAACAUGCUUUGGGCUUGCCACACAACUACCGCACUGAGUCUAUAAUGCAGCCCAAUUACAUUCCACAAAACAAUAAUGCAGAACUGAACAAACAAGACAGGAAGGACAUCCAGGCCCUGUAUGGUGUCUGUGAAGGCCCUUUCAGCACUGUCUUUGACUGGAUCAAAAGAGACAAGACUCCAACUGGUGACAUAGUUUACCGUUUCAACACAUACUUCUUCAGAUCCAGCUGGUACUGGAUGUAUGAGAAUAAAAAUAACAGGACCCGGUAUGGAGAUCCCAUCCCCAUCACCAGUGGCUGGAAGGGAAUUCCCAGUGCCGAUAUUGAUGCAUUUGUGCACGUUUGGACUUGGAAUAAAGAUGCCCAGUAUUUUUUUAAAGGUACACAGUACUGGCGCUAUGACCCUGACAAUGAUAUGACAUUUACUGAAGAUGCACAAGGAAAUCAGUACCCCAAGCUGAUUGUGGAUGGCUUUCCAGGAGUACCCACUCCAAUAGAUGCUGCAUUCUUUGACAAGCGAGAUCGCAAUAUCUACUUUUUCCGAGGAUCUGAUGUUACUGCAUUUAAUGUGGACACAAAUCAGAAGGUUUAUGGAUACCCCAAAGCCAUGACUGAUGUCUUCCCAGCGACAACAUCUGGUGACCACCCAGUCAAGAGUCUGGAUGCUGUUUACUUUUCCUAUACAACUAACUCCAUCUAUUUUAUAAAAGAUAAGUUUUACUGGAAGGUGGUGGAUGAUUCAGACCGAUCUCGUAAUCCUUCCUAUCCAUACAAUGGCUUGCUGAGCAGCAAAAGACUCUCAAAUAAUUGGUUUGAUAUUUGUGAUGUACAUCUUUCUGUCUUAUUUUUGAAAAGCAGCUAA